CGCUCCAUCCCAUCCCGCCAGCAUCCAUCCACGCCAAGACCCGCUCACUCAUUCAACACAUGUCCUUGGUGCUUCCACGGGAUUUUAUUACAUAAUUGGCUUUAUAUCACGCCGUAUACCCGUGCGUCCUGCGAGUGACUGGCAGCCGCUCGGCGCUUUCGUGAUUUUUUCCCAGCCUUUUGGACUCAUCGUUCACUAUCAAACUGCCCAUCGGACGGUAACCAUGGCGGAGGUGUAACCCUGCGUUUACAUUCAUCCAGAAGACUGUGCCCUCUGCCUUCCGUCUGCCUGUACCAGAGAAGAUGUCAGAGCCAGACGCUUCCCAAGCAGAGCCCCUGUCCUCCCCCCUGUCCUCCCCACGCACCCGCCUGCCCCUGUCCUUCCCCUUCCUGAGAGAGGGCAGCCGAGUGUGGGAGAGAGAGAGGAAACCACCGCAGCCUGGAGAACUGCCCAGCCCCCUGCCCACCAAACGCACCCGCACCUACUCCGCGACGGUACGAGCCAGAUCAGGUCCUGUCUACAAAGGCAUGUGUAAAAACUUCUCCAGGUCUCAGGGUCACGGGUUCAUUCGGCCGUCUCAUGGUGGAGAGGACAUUUUUGUCCACAUCUCAGACAUUGAGGGAGAGUAUGUGCCUAUGGAAGGAGACGAGGUCACAUACAAAGUGUGCCCCAUCCCUCCCAAGAACCAGAAGAUCCAGGCUGUAGAGGUGGUGAUCACACACCUGAACCCAGGCACCAAGCACGAGACCUGGUCGGGUCAGAUCAUCAGCUCCUAGAGCGGAUUUACUUUAGGCUUUUCUCUUUUACAGAAUCGGAAACAGGGACCAGACUGGAGUUGUGAUGGGCUGUAGAUGGCUUAGGGGAGUAAGGGGUGGGAGGAAGUCUUUGAAUGUAUUUGCAAAUGUGUUUCUGGAAAGGACAUUUCAUAGUAUUUAUUUUUUAAGUUUAACACUUUUGAACAGCUGUAAGAGCAGAGCUUGGUGCUAGCAUUUUCAUUUGAAAUGCAGAAAUGCAUUUGGAGCUGAUUUUGUUUUGCUGUGAGGGCAAUGAAGACAUCAUGGCUUCAUUUGUUAAAACUCUCUUAUGUCUUUUCACUGCCACUUCAUGUGACAAAACACAGUGGUAGCCAUAUAACAUCAUAAAUGAAUGCUUCUCUGUUGGUAGUCUUGCAAUUGUCAAUGUAAAUAAUGUCAUUUGAUAACAAUGAUGUCAGAAACCACUAGCCAUAACAUGUUUACAAUGACAAAAUGAGGUACUAAAUUUGAGUAUAUUUGAGGACAAGACUGUGUAAAUUUGUGCCACGGAAAUGGACUACCGCACAACUGCACUAAUUCUGGCUCUUAAAGCUUCUCUGCUCCUUCACAUCUUAUUUUUGUUGUAGCCUUCACGUGGUUUGUCUUGUAGGUGAGUAUAUGAAAUCCAGUGUUACUGUAGCCAGCACUUCUGAACGUCCUAGAUUCAAUGGUACAGAUCGUUAGUAGCUGAUAGAUUUGGACAAAGGGGCAAAAAAGGAGGGUCAGUAAUGAACUGAAACAACCUGCUUCUAAUGUUUAAAAUAUGGAAAAGGGAGAAGGGAAAUUUAUUUGAUUUUUACUUGUUGGAAAAUGGUUAAAAAAUGUACACUGGAAGAUUGAGGAAAAUGUGCACAGCAUCUUGUGGAAAACUAUUUAUUUAUUGAGCUGUUUAUGUUUCAUUUGUAACUAUGGGAACAUAAGGUGUUCUAUCAGCAAUUCUAAUUCAAGGGUAAUUUUGUGCCAUGGAUAAGUUAAAGAUGCACUAUGUAAAUGGCAUGCACCUAACAGUCUCUAUGGAAAUUGCCUAGAAAUUGUCUUGAAUGUCCCACAGUAUUGCAUUUAUAUCCAUCUUGAUAUUCUUGCAUUCAAGUGUUUUUACACUUAAAAAUACCUUGAAAACUAUGCAUUCUUCCUGUAAUCACUGAGCAGACUUGACUCUCUACUGUUCUGAUCUGUGAUUUGGCUUGUCUCCAUGGAGACACAUUUAGUGCCAUACUGUGGAACACUCAAGGGAUGUACCUGAAAGUUUACAAAGUGCACCUUUAAAAAAGAAAUAGUGAAUUUCAUGAAUCGUAAUGGAUACAUUUGUGUAUAACAUUCCUUGCCUGGGAUCCAGAACACACUUCUUUAAUAUCUGAUGAAGAUGUGAGUCUGGUCACCAGUGAAUCUCCCUGAGUUCAGAUGGGUGUGAUUGACAGGUGGAUUAGCCAAUCAAAUCAAAUAUGGCUGCUUAGGGGGAAAAAAAGGAAAAAUGGAUCACAAAUAAUGACAAGGAGCUGAAAAACAUCACAGAUUUUCAGUGAGUGAAACAUUAAACUCAUUUAAUGAGUGAGAUAAAUGUUUCAGUUUAUGACAGAGUUUAUGACCAAUGAGCUCCUUUGUUUCACAUGCGUUACUGAAAAAAAAAAAAAAAUCUAGUUGCACGAUCAUGUUUGCUUCUGGCUUGAGGCGUGCUGGAGGGACUAAUCCUUGUUCAAAAUUUGCAUAAUAUUUUUAUAAUGUCUUAAAAUUGUUAUAAUGUCUUAUGAAACUGGUCAGUUUAAUGUUUUUCAGUCAAAUCUGAGACGUAAACGUUAGUGUGGUUUGUAUGUGAUAUCUUAAUCACAGGCAAAAUGAAAAGACAUAAUUAGCUUUAUAUCCAACAUUUGCUAAUCUAAAAAUAAUCUAAAAAUAAUCUAAAGAUGAUCUAAAGAUAAUCUAAAAAUAAUAUAAAACUGACCUAAAGCUGAUCUAAAGCUGAUCUAAGGCUGAUCUAAAGCUGAUCUAAAGCUGAUCUAAAGAUGAUCUAAAGAUGAUCUAAAGAUGAUCUAAAGUUGAUCUAAAGCUGAUCUAAAGUUGAUCUAAAGCUGAUCUAAAGCUGAUCUAAAGCUGAUCUAAAGCUGAUCUAAAGUUGAUCUAAAGCUGAUCUAAAGCUGAUCUAAAGCUGAUCUAAAUCUAACUGCACUGCACAUUCUACUCACCCUCAUGAUACUCAUUCCUUUACAACUCGUAAAUUUACAAUGACAAGCACUAUUUACUGUUUUCCUUCAUAAUCUUAAAAAUCAUGUUCACUUGUGUGUAUGAUUUGUCUUUAAGCGCAGAACCAUCUCUAUGCAUUAUUUUUUAUUUAAAUCCACAAGUUUAAUGUAGCACACUGUCACUGAAACUAUGUCUUAUCUGAAAGUGUCUGCGAGUACCUUUAUUUUUAUCAGAUG